GGACUCUGAUAUCGGCUGCUUACGAGUUUUCGGUCUCUGUUUUCACCUUUUGAAGUUGCAGUUUCCACACAGAAAAAUGGCGUCCUUCUGCAGAUCAGCUCUAAUGGCAGGCUCUCGCUCCAUCGCAGCUCGCUCCAAAGUCGUCUCCCCAAAAUCCUUAAAUUCCAUACCAAUUUCCUCUCCAUUUUCCUCGGCCUCCGGAUCCAUUCCUCGAGCUUCACGGAUAAUUUCCGCUUUGGGAAGCGUCGAGUCGUUGAUGCCGCUUCACAGCGCGAUCGCUUCCGCUCGGCUCAAAUCCAACAUCGCCGUUGAUUCCACCUGCUGGAGCUACCUUUGUCAAGGAAUCCUAGGACUUGACACGAGCUGAACGACUGGAAACAAACCGACUAAAAUCAAGCCACCUUGACCCAGGUUUGAUCAAGUUUUGCAGGCUGUAACUGAUUUUUUUAUAUUUUUCUCGUCUCGACGGCAUUGAAAUUGCUUUUUUCGAAAUUUGUUCUGAUCAAUAUUCUUGGAUAAUAAUAAGAUCAUUAUCAUGUAGCUGAAUCAUAGAAGGGCUGCUUUAUAUUUUUUUAACUACUGUCUAUGUAGCAGGGCCUCUGUACCUGUUAGAGAGGCCUUAUAACCAUGUGGGAUUCACGUGAUCUGGCUUAUUUUAGGGGUUGAGUCCAUACUUCAAAAGAAGGGGAAGAGAUCUUAUCCAGAAAUGUAACAGCCUCGAUAAGAUAGAUUUCAUGGGACAUGGUUUUAAUAUUUAAAUGGA